CGGGAGAACACGCUCGAGGUGCGCGCGGCCUCGGAGGCUGAGGGCGCCUGCGCAGAGACGGUGCGGGGGGCGUGGCGGCGUGGGCGGAGCGCGGUGCUGUUCUGCGGCCCUCCGGGAGGCCGGGAGGCUGCGGGAGAGCAUGGCGGCCACGUUCUUCGGGGAGGUGGUGAGUGCGCCUUGCCGAGCUGGGACGGAGGACGAGGAGGAGGAAGCGGAGGGGAGGAGGUUGACGCCCGAGGACCAGGAGGUGCGGCGCCAGCUGGCGCGGAAGAGGGAGGUGCGGCUUCUUCGAAGACAAACAAAAACAUCCUUGGAAGUUUCUCUGCUAGAAAAAUAUCCUUGCUCCAAGUUUAUAAUUGCCAUAGGAAAUAAUGCGGUAGCAUUUUUGUCAUCAUUUGUUAUGAAUUCAGGAGUCUGGGAAGAAGUUGGUUGUGCUAAACUCUGGAAUGAAUGGUGUAGAACAACGGACACUGUACAUCUGUCCCCCAUGGAGGCUUUCUGUGUGUUUUAUCAUCUGAAAUCAAAUCCCUCGGUUUUCCUCUGUCAGUGCAGUUGCUAUGUUGCUGAGGAUCAGCAGUAUCAGUGGCUGGAAAAGGUUUUUGGCUCUUGUCCACGGAAGAAUGUGCAAAUAACUAUUCUCACAUGUCGCCAUGUCACCGACUAUAAAACUUCAGAACCUACCAGCAGCCUCCAUUCUCCUUUCCUGAAAGCCCUGAAAACACAGAAUUUCAAGGAGCCUCCAUGCUGUUCACUGCUGGAACAGCCCAAUAUCGUGCACAAUCUCCCUGCAGCAGUACUGAGUUAUUGCCAAGUAUGGCAAAUCCCUGCGAUUCUGUACCUGUGUUAUACUGAUGUGAUGAAGUUAGAUCCCUUGACCGUUGAGGCUUUUAAGCCUAUACUUUAUUCCAGAAGCUUGAAAAGUUUGGUAAAGAAUAUUCCCCAGAGCACAGAGAUACUGAAGAAACUGAUGACAACAGAUGAAAUUCAGAGUAACAUUUAUACAUGAUGCCAAGACUGUUUUGUAAAGUAUAUUACCCACCCAUUCCUUUAAGGGGAGCAGUGUGCACUGUUUUAUGGGUUACUCAUUUUCAAGGGAGUAUUUGAGGCUGUUAAAAACAGAAUAAACUUAUUUUAAAUUCA